AUGCGAAAAUUGGCUGACAGCUCUCAAACAACAACCAACAAAAACAACACCAUCCAUCAAGCACCCACUUCUCCACCUCCAUUCAGAGUUAAACCUUCAAAAAGUUCUUCUUCUUCAAGUGAACAACAUCAUGCUGCCACUCCAUCUCAGUAUCACAAAUCCUCUACACCUCCAACAAAAAGUAACUAUUCUUCCAAAAAGAAAGUCAUUGAGGGAUGGAAUUCCAAUCAUGUAAAACUUCCAUGUCAUGAAAAUAAUGUAUAUUUUGAAAACAAUAGACAAUUGUCGAAAUGGUAUCUAAUCAAAACACUUUUACAACAAAAAAUUAGAAAUGUCAAUGAUCUCAUUCAAGUGAUACGUUCGAUUAAUUCAAGUUGGACAUUCAAUUCAUCAACUUUUUCAUCACUUCAAACACUCUUUGAAGAUGUAUAUAAUGAAAGUGAAAAAGAAAGAUUUUUCAACAAAACAUUACCUUGUAUUCAAUCUCUAGCUCUAGAAUUACCUAAUUUAUUUGACAAAUCCUCAAUUCCACUUUUGAAACAACAAUCGGAUGCGAUUGUUCAUUUAAGUAGAAAACAAAUAUGUUGCCUUUUAGCACAUGCAUUAUUUUGCACAUUUCCAAGAAGAAAUCAAACCAGUAAUCCAUCCGAUGAAUACUAUUCCUAUCCAUCCAUUAAUUUUAUUACACUUUUUAAGAAAUCACCACUCACCAAACGGUUGAUUUUCAAAAAGAUGCCAAACAGCAGAAGCAACAGCACUAAGGAUUCCAUUUUUGAUGAUCAAAGUAAUACGACGACAUCGAUGACAACAACAACAUCGAUGAACCACACCUCCUCUCGAAUGAUCACACCAUCCAACCUCGUUAACGAGGAUGAAGAUUCCUUCCACAUGCCUUCUCUUUCACCUGAAAAUCAACACGAAGGAUCCUUCAUGAUUGAUGAUCCCACUGCACCCUCUUCAGCAUUGUUAACCAGUACAGAAACUGCAACAACCACUGAGAGUUCCACUACUACUGCUACUAUUCUUAGCAAUACCACCACUACAAAUACCACCAAUACCACCAAUACCACCACAACCACCACUACUCUCUCAUCGAUGAAAACUGAAAUUCGUGCCAUGGUUGAUUCUACUAAUAAUACUACUACAAUGAUCAGUAGUAACAAUAAUCAUGCAAUGCUUGAUGAUGGCAGAGGUUGGAAUCGGGUUUAA